GGCACAAAACUCUGUAUUUCUUUGCAGAUAUGUUCCAAAUUUGAAAAGAUUACACACAUCCUGUAAAUUCGCAUGUAUUGUAAUGUGGAUUUUUGGUUACGGUUCUUUACUGUGGAAAGUUGAUUUUCCUUAUGAAAAGAAAGUCAUUGGUUAUAUUCGAGGAUACGUUCGUAGGUUUUGGCAAGGAAGUGAAGACCAUCGGGGCAUACCUGGCAAGCACUUCAAAUCAAGGCGUAGCAGCAAUUGAAUUAAGGCGCUUCCACGCCGUCAACAUGCUUACUUUACGGACCAGGGCGUGUCGGGCCGCUACGCCUAACGGCCCUGGGGAAACCCCUGUGCCAGGAAGAGUAGUUACCCUCGUACCAUCUGAUAAUCCUAAUGACUGUGUAUGGGGACUGGCUUACAAAAUAGCAAAAGAAAAUGUUCAGAAAAUUGUUCACCAGCUGGAUUACCGAGAAAAAGAUGGUUACAAGCUGACGUUGGUCACUUUCUACCCAGAAGCAGAUUUAGAACCUCUUGAUAUAAGCCUGUACAUUGGCAAUGACCAGAAUCCAUUCUUUUUAGGUCCAGCCCCUCUCAGAGAUAUUGCCCAGCAGAUUUAUGAUGCAGUGGGGCCAAGUGGAACAAAUAUAGAAUACUUACUGAAGUUAGCAACUGCUUCCAGGGAUUUGUUUCCCUCUGUGUACGAUUCUCAUUUAUUCACUCUUGAACAUGAAGUGAAAUCUAUAGCCAAAGAGAAUGGUGGUCUGUAAUGUUAUUUCUGUAAUAGAGGCAUUAAUUGAAAAAAAAGAAGAUUUAACAUUCAGAGUGUGUGGAUAAUUUAUUAACCGGUUUGAUGUAAUCAGUUGUAGAAUUCUGGAAUGUGUUGUUUUUUAUAUAGUAAAUAUAAGUAUACAUGUGCCAUGAAAUUUUAUUGUGAAAUAUCUUUAUAUUGAAUUUACUUAUCCACAUUUAUUACUGUGCAAUAAUGAAUAAUUAUAAUUUAUAUUUUGCUUUAACAGUGAGAUGUUUUUAGUAACACAUGUAUGCCGGCUGUGAAAUCAUGAAUAAAUUUUAAUUUAUA